AUGUCCCUCCGUGGUCUCACUGUAACCACAAAAAAUGCGAUUGUCACCUCUGAAAGAGCUCUUUUGUUGAAACAUGCCAAGUAUAUUCCACCUCCGAACAUGAUUAACGAGUACCCUAAUGAAGAUGCCUUGAGAAUAUUUUAUCGUAGAUUUAUUAGGUUGAAGCCUUUAAUUUCACAACGCCAGACAGUUCGAACAACUUAUGUUCACUAUCUGCGCUACAAAUUCAAGUCGGAGGAUUAUGCGAAGAAAAUUAGUAUGAGCGCGGUGACACUCCCGCAGGUCACUCACAGUACCCUCGAAGAAGUGGAAAAUAGUCUUUUAUUCUGUCUGAAGGCAGUUUCCUAUGUGAAGAAACGGGUGCCAUCUGAAGAGAUAGUCUCGAAGGAUAUCAGAAUCGCGAAGAACAUUGUAAAGAAUAUUCUCACUGUUGAGUUUGAAAAAGCGGCGCUGAUUGCUAAAAAUCCGAGGCAAAAUCAUCCCAUACUCCGCAUAUCAUUUUCUUACCUGUCGCCAAAGGCCAGUAGUUCACCACUGUACUUGAGGUUCUCACCGUUUAAGGAAUUUGAUCAAUGUUUGAUACUGUUGAACGAGACGCUGAAAACUCGUCUGUAA